AUGUUAAAAAUCCUUAUCCCAACUGUUAUAUUAAUCCCCACAAUCUGAUUUACCCCUAAAAAAUGAUUAUGACCUUCUACAUUAACACAUAGUCUUGUUAUUGCUUUAUUUACUCUAACCUGAUUAACUUGACCAUCUGAAACCGCUUGAUCAAAUCUAAAUGGGUUAAUAGCAACCGAUCCACUAUCAACCCCCUUAUUAAUCCUUACAUGUUGACUUCUCCCAUUAAUAAUCCUUGCCAGCCAAAACCAUACAACUAAUGACCCUAUUAACCGACAACGAAUAUAUAUCUCACUUCUUACAUCUUUACAAUUAUUUCUCAUCUUAGCAUUUAGUGCUACAGAACUGAUCAUAUUUUAUAUUAUAUUUGAAGCCACAUUAAUUCCAACUUUAUUAAUUAUCACCCGUUGAGGUAAUCAAACAGAGCGAUUAAAUGCAGGGACUUACUUCCUAUUUUAUACCCUAGCUGGAUCCCUCCCCUUACUUGUUGCGCUACUAAUACUUCAAAACAAAACAGGCUCCUUAUCUAUAUUAACCCUACAGCACUCCAACCCUUUAAACCUAAUCAUACUAGGAGAUAAAUUAUGAUGAAUAGGUUGCCUUAUGGCUUUCCUUGUAAAAAUACCUCUUUAUGGUGUACAUCUUUGACUACCCAAAGCUCACGUCGAAGCACCAAUUGCAGGAUCCAUAAUCCUUGCCGCAGUGUUAUUAAAACUAGGAGGGUAUGGUAUAAUACGCUUAAUAAAUAUUUUAGAACCCUUAUCUAAACAGCUAAGCUACCCUUUUAUAAUCCUAGCCCUGUGGGGAAUUAUUAUAACAGGCUUAAUCUGUUUACGACAAAAUGAUUUAAAAUCCCUGAUUGCCUACUCCUCAGUUAGUCAUAUAGGACUAGUUACAACAGGUAUCCUUAUUCAAACCCCCUGAGGUUUCACUGGAGCACUAGUAUUAAUAAUUGCACAUGGAUUAACCUCAUCAGCACUAUUUUGCUUAGCAAACACAAACUAUGAACGAACCCAUAGCCGAACGAUAGUUUUAGCACGAGGCCUACAAAUAGUCUUACCCCUAAUAGCCAUAUGAUGAUUUACUGCUAGCUUAGCAAACAUAGCUUUACCCCCUCUACCUAAUUUAAUAGGAGAAUUAAUAAUCAUCUCAUCUUUAUUUAACUGAUCACCCUGAACUUUAACCCUUACAGGCCUUGGAACACUAAUUACUGCAGCAUACUCACUAUAUUUAUUCCUAACAACCCAACGAGGUCCCUUAACAAAUCACCUACUCCAUAUAGAACCAUCACACUCCCGAGAGCAUUUAAUCAUAACACUCCACCUCAUCCCACUCACAUUACUGAUUUUUAAACCUGAGCUAUUAUGAGGUUGAAUCUUCU